AUGGCAAGAAAGUGGCAAAAUCUAGCAGCAAUAAGGCGUAAAAGUAUCGCCCUUCCAAGAACAAGUGAUGUCAGUCAUAGUGAUAUAGCUAAUGUUGACAAGGGGUUUUUUGUGGUAUACACUUCUGAUGGAAUAAGAUUUGUGAUACCACUGAAUUUCCUGAAGAAUGACAUUUUUAAAGAGCUCUUGGAUAUGGCUGAGAAUGAAUAUGGCCUGCAAAACGACGGGCCGAUUAGGCUGCCCAUCAACGGUACCUUUAUGCAAUACACGAUGUCUAUAAUAAAAAGCCAUAUGAGAAAAGAUGUUGAGAAAGGACUUCGCAUGGUUGUCACUUCAUGGCAAUGCUUGCCUAAUUCAAACCGGCACUUUGAACGUUUUCAGACUCAGUUAUUAGUAUGCUAA